UUUAGAAUGGCUACGGAAGUCAGUUUUUCAACUUCACCCAACUCCAUCGACGUUUCAUGAAAUACUAAUAUAUAAAGAGUUUUGAGCCUGGAUCGAAGCCACAAGAUGGAUUGUUACCAUGAAUUCAUUUCAUCCGGAGCAAGGGCAGCAGGGUUGAAGACCUUUGGGGAAGCCCACCCCUCCAGUGGCCAACAUGGGGGACGAAAGCGAGUGGAUAAAGCUUCCCAUCGACCAGAAAUGUGAACACAAGUUGUGGAAAGCUCGUCUGAACGGAUACGAGGAGGCCGUGAAGCUGUUCCAGAGGAUAGAAGACGAGAAGAGUCCCGAGUGGGGGAAGUACCUCGGACUGAUCAAGAAGUUUGUCACCGACUCGAACGCCAUCGCUCAGCUCAAAGGCCUGGAGGCAGCGCUGUCCUUUGUCGGGAACGCCCAUGUCGCUGGAAAGACGGCGGGUGAGGUGGUGUCGGGAGUGGUGACCAAAGUGUUCAACCAGCCCAAGGCCCGGGCGAAGGAGCUCGGCACGGAGAUCUGCCUGAUGUACAUGGAGAUCGAGAAGGCCGAGGUGGUUCAGGACGAGCUGCUGAAGGGGCUGGACAACAAGAACCCCAAGAUCGUGGUGGCCUGCCUCGAGGCGCUCAGGAAGGCCCUCAGUGAGUUUGGCUCUAAGAUCGUGACGCUGAAGCCGGUGGUGAAGGCUCUGCCCAAACAGUUUGAGUCCCGAGAGAAGGCGGUGAGAGACGAGGCCAAGCAGCUGGCCGUGGAGAUCUACAGGUGGAUCAGAGACGCGCUGAGACCGCCACUGCAGAACAUCAACUCUGUGCAGCUGAAGGAGCUGGAGGAGGAGUGGGUGAAGCUGCCCUCGUCUGCCCCCAAGCAGAGCCGGUUCCUGCGCUCGCAGCAGGACCUGAAGGCCAAAUUCCAGCAGCAGAGCGCACAGGGAGGAGGAGAGUCCGACGGAGAUGACGAGGCAGAAACGGUGGCGGCGGUGGAUCCGUACGAGCUGCUGGAAGCCGUGGAGAUUCUGGCCAAGAUGCCCAAAGACUUCUACGACAAAAUAGAAGCUAAAAAGUGGCAGGAAAGGAAGGAAGCUCUGGAGGCCAUCGAGACUCUGACCAAGAAUCCCAAACUAGAGAACGGAGACUACGGAGACCUCGUCCGAGCGCUGAAGAAGGUUGUGGGAAAAGACGCCAACGUGAUGUUGGUGGCGUUGGCUGCCAAGUGUCUGGCUGCGCUCGCCUCCGGCCUCCGGAAGAAGUUUGGAACAUAUGCAGGACAAGUAGCUCCAACUAUUCUGGAGAAGUUCAAGGAGAAGAAGCCUCAGGUCGUCCAGGCCCUGCAGGAGGCCAUCGACGCCAUCUUCCUCACGACCACUCUCCAGAACCUCUCGGAGGACGUCCUCUCUGUGAUGGACAACAAGAACCCGUCCAUUAAGCAGCAGGCCUCUCUGUUCCUGGCCCGCUCCUUCAGACACUGCACUCAGGCCACGCUGCCCAAGAGCAUCCUCAAGCCGUUCUGCGCUGCUCUCCUCAAGCAAGUGAACGACUCUGCUCCCGAGGUGCGUGACGCCGCUUUUGAGGCGUUGGGCACGGCCAUGAAAGUGGUGGGGGAGAAAGCCGUGAACCCGUUCCUGGCCGACUUGGACAAACUCAAACUGGACAAGAUAAAGGAGUCGGCUGAUAAAGUGGAACUCCCCGGGGGGAAGAAAGGUUCAGGAGGUGGAGCCGGGGACAAGAAGCCUGCUGCUAAAGCUCCUGCUCCUGCUGAAGCUCCGCCCAAAUCCUCCGGCCCGCCCAAGAAGAGCCAAGCUGCUGCUUCCAGCAAGGCGUCUUCAGGUCCACCUAAGAAAGGCAAAGCAGCCGCUGCAGGUGGUGGAAAAGCCAAGAAGACGUCCGACAACAAAGAAGUGAUAGAGACUGAACUGUCGCCCGAGGCGAGUGAGGAACUGGCAUCCAGAGUCCUUCCUGCUUCCUGUCUGCAGCAGCUGGACUCCUCCAACUGGAAGGAGAGGCUGGCGAGUAUGGAGGAGUUCCAGAGGGCGGUCGAGACCAUGGACAAAGUGGAGAUGCCGUGUCAGGCCCUAGUCCGGAUGUUGGCCAAGAAACCGGGCUGGAAGGAGACAAACUUUCAGGUGAUGCAGAUGAAGCUGCGCGUCGUGACUCUCAUAGCUCAGCGGGGGCAGUUCUCCAAGACGUCGGCCUCCGUGGUCCUGGACGGUUUGGUGGACAAAGUCGGAGACGUCAAGUGCGGAGGAAAUGCCAAAGAGGGACUGACUGCGAUCGGAGAGGCCUGCUCGCUGCCGUGGACCGCAGAGCAGGUCGUCUCGAUGGUUUUUGCACAGAAGAACCCGAAGAACCAGGCGGAGUCUCUCAAUUGGCUGGCGAACGCCAUGAAGGAGUUUGGCUUUGCUGGAAUCAACGUGAAGGGUUUCAUCAACAACGUGAAGACCGCUCUGGGAGCGACCAACCCGGCGAUCCGGACGGCGGCCAUCGCCCUGCUGGGCGUCAUGCACCUCUACAUGGGAGCGCCGUUGCGCAUUUUCUUCGAAGACGAGAAGCCGGCGCUCCUCGCACAGAUCGACGCAGAGAUCGAAAAGAUGAAGGGCCAGUCUCCCCCAGCUCCAGUCAGAUUCACCAGGAAGGCGGGGGCAGACGAGGAUGGUGAUGAAGGCGAGGAGCAGGAUGAAGACGGAGGAGGAGGAGCAGGACAUGACAUCAUGGACCUGCUGCCCAGAACUGACAUCAGUGAGAAGAUCACGUGCGACCUGGUGUCUAAGAUCGACGAUAAGAACUGGAAGAUCAGGAAGGAGGGUCUGGACGAGGUGGCAGCCGUCAUCUCCGAGGCCAAAUUCAUCACGUCCAACAUUGGGGACCUGAGCCUGAGCCUGAAGGGUCGACUGGGCGACUCAAACAAGAUGCUGGUCCAGCAGACGCUGACCAUCCUGCAGCAGCUGGCUAUCGCCAUGGGACCUGGACUGAAGCACCACGUCAAAUCUCUGGGGAUCCCUGUGAUCACUGUGAUGGGAGACAUCAAGCCUAAUCUGAGGAUGGCUGCCCUGACCACUGUGCAGGCGUGGGUGGAGCAGACUGGGAUGAAGGACUGGCUGGAAGGAGAAGACCUGUCAGAGGAGCUGAAGAAAGAGAAUCCCUUCCUGCGACAGGAGGUGCUGAGCUGGUUGGCAGAGAAGCUGCCCACCCUGAGGACGGUGCCCGUGGAUCUGAUGCUGUGCGUCCCCCCGCUAUACGCCUGCCUGGAGGACCGCAACGGGGACGUGAGGAAGAAGGCCCAGGACGCCCUACCCACCUUCAUGAUGCACCUGGGUUUUGAAAAAAUGUCCAAGGCUGCGGGGAAACUCAAACCGGCCUCCAAGGAUCAGGUGUUGGCCAUGUUGGAGAAGGCCAGAGCGGUGAUGCCCGCCAAACCCGCCGCUCCUGCCAAGGCCGGAGGCGGGAAAGGCUCCGCGGAGACUAGCAGGGCCCCUUCAGCCUCCAGGUCUCAGCCGGCGAGCGAGGACUCGGUCGACAGUAAACCUGAAGCGAAGAAGGUGCGAGGAGGAGGAGGAGGAGGAGGAGGAGCAGCUGCUAAGAAGCCUCCCUCCUCUCCGGAGGAACCCGCCCCUCCCUCCAAGGACAAGGACAGUAAUAGUAAAAAGCCGCCCGGCAAAGGGAAGGCUGCUGCUGCUGGCAGCCAACAGGGCGCCGCCGGUAAGAAGCCUCCGGCCAAAGGGGCUAAGGACGAGGAAGACAAGACUGGGCCGAUCUUCGUCCUCAUCCCCAACGCCAAGGAACAGAGGAUCAAAGAGGAGAAGCAGCUGAAGAUCUUGAAGUGGAACUUCAUGACUCCCAGAGACGAGUACUUGGAGCAGCUGAAGACUCAGAUGUCGACCUGCUUCGCCAAGUGGCUGCAGGACGAGCUCUUCCACUUUGACUUCCAGAGACACGUCAAGGCCAUCGGAGUCAUGAUCGAGCGGUUGGAGAGCGAGAGCGACGCCACCAUCAGCUGCCUGGACCUGAUCCUGAAGUGGUUCACGCUGCGGUUCUUCGACACCAACACCACCGUCCUGAUGAAGGUGCUGGAAUAUCUGAAGCUGCUGUUCACCAUGUUGAACAGGGAGAACUACCACCUGACGGAGUACGAGGCCAACUCCUUCGUCCCCUACCUCAUACUCAAGGUCGGUGAGUCGAAGGAUGUGGUUCGCAAAGACGUGCGGGCCAUCCUGACCAUGCUGUGUAAAGUCCAUCCAGCGUCCAAGGUCUUCCCGUUCCUCAUGGAGGGAACCAAGUCCAAGAACUCCAAGCAGAGAGCCGAGUGUCUGGAGGAGCUGGGCUGUUUGAUCGAGGGCUACGGGAUGAACGUCUGCCAGCCGACUCCGGCCAAGUCUCUGAAGGAGAUCGCCAUUCACAUCGGCGACCGAGACACGUCCGUCCGCAACGCCGCCCUUAACACGGUGGUGGCCGUCUACAAUGCCUGCGGCGACCAAGUGUACAAACUAAUAGGAAAUUUGUCGGAGAAGGACAUGAGCAUGCUGGAGGAGAGAAUCAAGCGAUCGGCCAAGAAGACGGCCGCAGCUCCCUCCAAGCCGAGCGCGACGGAGCGGCCGCAGAGGGAACAUCCUCCCAACCCCAACGGCACUUUCCUCCGGAAGCCGGCGCAGGAAGACCCCAACAAGCUCAACCAAGCCCGUCAGAACAGCCAGCAGCAGCACCACCACCACAGCGAGUCGUCCCACCCGUCCAUCCCCAAGGAGUUCCAGUUGGACCUGGACAUGAUCGAGAUGGACCAGAGCCGAGUGUGCGAGAUGCCCGACCUCGUGCAGCACAAGCUGGACGAGCUGCUGGAGCCCAUCAUGAUCCCCGAGCCCAAGAUGCACUCUGUCUCUCCGCACUUCGACGACCUCCACAACAGCACGUCCUCCACCAUCAACUACGUCAUCUCUCAGGUGGCCAGUGGGGACAUCAACACCAGCAUCCAGGCCCUGGCUCAGAUUGACGAGGUUCUGCGACAGGAGGACAAAGCCGAGGUGAUGUCGGGACACAUCGACCAGUUCCUCAUCGCCACCUUCAUGCAGCUGCGGCUCAUCUACAGCACGCACAUGGCCGACGACCGGCUGGACAAGAAGGACAUCAUCAAACUGUACAGCUGCAUCAUCGGGAACAUGUUGUCGUUGUUCUCGAUGGAGUCGCUUGCCAGAGAGGCGUCCAUGGGCGUCCUGAAGGACCUGAUGCACGGCGUGAUCACGCUGAUGCUGGACAGCCGCGUGGAGGACAUUGAGGACGGACAGCAGCUCAUCCGCUCUGUCAACCUGCUGGUGAUCCGAGUGCUGGAGAAGUCGGACCAGACCAACAUGAUCAGCGCUCUGCUGGUGUUGCUCCAGGACAGUCUGGUGACGACGGCUGGUCCGCCCACGUUCUCCGAGCUCGUCAUGAAGUGUCUGUGGAGGAUGAUCCGCUUCCUCCCGGAGACCAUCGACACCAUCAACCUGGACCGCAUCCUGCUCGACGUCCACAACUUCAUGAAGGUUUUCCCCAAAGAGAAGCUGAAGCAGCUGAAGAGCGACGUCCCACACAGGACGCUCAAGACUCUGCUGCACACGCUCUGCAAGCUCACCGGCCCCAAGAUCCUCGACCACCUCUCCAUGAUAGAAAAUCGUAACGAGUCCGAGUUGGAGGCUCAUCUGAGGCGAGUGGUGAAACACUCUGGAAACCUGUCGGGGCUGAAGAGCGACCGAGGCACCGAGAAGACGGGACUGUACACGGAGGAUCGGAUGUCGAAGGCGAAGGUCAGCGACAUUCUGUCUGAAAUCUUCAAGAAGAUCGGCUCCAAGGAGAACACCAAGGAGGGUUUGACGGAGUUGUACGAGUUCAAGCAGAAGUACUCUGACGCGGAUCUGGAGCCGUUCCUCAAAUACACGUCGCAGUUCUUCCAGAGCUACGUGGAGCGAGGCCUCCGCAUGAUCGAGUCCGAGAGGGAGGGCAAGGCUCGCAUCCAGACCUCGACAGUGAUCCCUCAGCACAGUGUGGACUCAAGUCUGAGCAGCAACAACGAGGAGCUGAAACCUGCUGUUUACUACGAGAGACUGAAGAUCCUCAGACAGAGACAAGGACUGGAAAACACCUCCAGGCUGGGCGGCGGCGGCGGCGAGGACGAUCCGCAGCAGCAGCAGCGACCGGCCAUCUCAUCCCUGCUGUCGUCCAAGCCGCCGGUGGCGUCGUCCACCGACAUGUUGCACAGCAAACUGUCGCAGCUCAAAGAGUCCAGAGAGAUGUACCAGCAGGAGCACAACAACGCACACUCCCACUCGCCCACGCACGGCCACACGCGCUCCGCAUCACCCGCCGCCAACCUGGACGACCUCAAGAAGCGUCUGGAGCGGAUCAAGAGCAACCGGCAGUGAGGCGCCGCCGCAUCUCAUCUGUAAACGACUGUGGAGUUGAGCCGGUAGAUAAACACACGACAUCAUCCUCCAUUUUAA